AGUAACAUGUAUAAGUACAACUUUUUGCUGUCCUUUCUGUUGCUGAGUGGAGUAUUUGACUUCCACGAGUCCGUAACUACAAUGGCAGAUAAUGAACAUUCUGGUGAUGGCAUAUCAUCGACUGUGCCCAGCACAGUAGAAUCUAUUAGUUCUGUUUUAUUUUCAAUUUCGGUUAAUAAAUCAGAAGAGCAAAAUGCCACAACACCAACUGAAACUGAGAAUACUGUAACAGAAAGUACUUCUCCCAAAGAAACGAAUGGGAAUGAAUCCAUUUUAACUACUGCUGUGAUAAUUGGAGUUGCUAUAGUGCUGCUCCUAGUCCUCUUGAUUAUCCUGGUAAUCUUUAUUGUAAGACGUCGCAAACGGAAACAAAGCCAAGAAGAUGAGCUAGGAAGUGAAAAUGGUAAAAGUCCUAUUUUUGAGGAAGAUACGCCUUCUGUAAUGGAAAUUGAGAUGGAAGAAUUGGAUAAAUGGAUGAACAGCUUGAAAAAAAAUGCAGAAAGUGAUUAUUUGCCUGCUUUAAAAGAAGAGAAAGACUGUAACACCAACCCAAGCAGAUGUGAAGUAUCUCCCCUGCCUUUGGACUAUGACAUCCUCUGAAUCAGAAAGGACCUAUCAUGAUUGCAAAUGUCAAUUGCAAUCUAUAGCUAUAAGAAUGUCCAUGUUCCCUAUAGUUUAUAGGUGCUUUAUCAUACAGAUGUAAAUUCUUACGUGAAUUCAUGUAUUUAACUCAGUUUUGUAUUUAUAAUGCAACACAGUUAAGGAACACUACAAAAUAUGGUGAAUCAGAAGUUAGAAAAAAGAUACUUAUGUGGUAUAGACUUAAUUUUAUUCCUGGGAUCCACUUUCGUGUUACUGCUGGCCAUCUUACCCAAUAUAUAAAAGCUUGGAGAUACCCUCUCUAGUUCACUUUUUUCCCCCAUGCCUGAAUAUGAACUUGUGUUCAUCUAAUAUAGAUUGACUAUGUUGAAUGGGAAUUUUGGUAGUUGCAACCCUAAAUAGCCAAAGGAUAAUAAACUGGGGAAACACUGAUUUCAAGAAGAGUGAAUCCUUAUAUUCAAGAUAGAUAGCAUGCCUAUCAGGUCAAUCAAAUAUUUAUUCUCCUACUCAGGGUAUAACAAUAUUGGAUUAAGUAGAUUAAACCUUGAACAGACAUAGGAUAGAUUAAUUGUGUAGUUUGUAUAAUUACAUAUUCUUUGUAUAAUCUUUCCCAAAAUCUCUGAAUUUAAAAAGUGAGACUUCACACAAGUGAUACUUUGCUCUUACUUAGUUGCUAUGUUGAGGCUCUGAAUCUGAAUUGUCUAUCACUACCAGGGAAGAGUUUCUUAUUUAUCACAAUACAUUUCCCCCCCUCAGAAUGACAUUGCUCAAAAUGCAGUACCAAACUUGCUAUUAAUCCUGCAGGAAACAAUUCAGAAAUCCCUGACUGCUAAAAGGGUACCGGCACUAGGACUAGAAAACUUUUGCAAAAUCAAGGGCAGCAUUCAGCCUUUGGAUUAUGUGCCAAUAGGCAUAUUUUUAAAAGUCCUGUGUCCAAGACAAAGGAAUAGAUCAAGGUUAGGCCAACGCUUAAAUGAAAUGAAAUUAAAAUUUAAUUAUGAAUAAAAUGAUUACUUCCAAUGCAUUUAAUCAUUUUCUUUUCUAUCAUAUUACAAAUGGGAAACAAUUUUUGGAAGAGCUCUGCACUUUACAUCAGAGCUAUUAGUAGUUUUAUGUAGUCUAGGACCAACAACUUUAAAAGAGGAAAGGCAUAAUGAAACUCCUGUCUACUGGUUAAAAAGGCCCCGUUGAUGGAGUAAUGGAUUUGAACCACUAAUAUCUAGAUUAAUAUUUUCAGCCAUGAUAUGUUAUUCACUGUAUGGCCCUGGAUGAUCAAAAGAAACCACGCCCAUGCUAUAGAGUUGUAAUAAGGGUAAUGUUUCAUUUUACUUUGGUUGCCUUGAACUUUAGGAAGGAAGAUAUAUAGUAAAUGAUUAUAAACAGAAUGGGGGGAAAUGUUUAUGUAUGCAAGUCCAUAUAUAAUCCGUUUUAUGUCACUUUCACACAAGAUUCUAUGUGGUUUACAAUUAAAAAAGUGUGAAAACAAUAACUAAUUCAAAAUACACAUUGAAAUCUGAUCAUUGCUGCUAGCAAAAGACCUUGUGGAAAAAUACAUUUUUAAAUAGACUUCCUAAAUAUUAGCAGAGUGGGAAACAUUUUGACCUUGGGAAACAAGGUCAUUCAUUAUUGUAAUGAAUGAAUGAAGGGACAGCUCCUAACUAGACUAUCCUCCAUGCCUUAGACUCAUGAUCUGUCAGGUUGGGUGGGCAGAUUCACCAUACAGUGGUACCUUGGUACUCAUCAUUAGUUGGUUCCGGGAGGCUCAACAUAUACCAAAAACAAUGAGUACCAUACAAUUUUUCCCCAUAAGGAAUAAUGUAGUGAGUCACAAGGCAGCCGACACUGGCAAGUUCUAGCUUGUGAGUUGAGAGCCAAACAUAUUUGAGUCCCGGAACAAAUUUUUUUUGCAUCAAAAUGUGUUGACUACCAAAUUUGAUGAGUUUCAAAUAUCAAGGUACCACUGUACUGCAAAUCAUUUGAAAAAUAAUGAUGACUCAAGCUAUAAAAGAUUUAAUAAUUAACAACUAUAGACAAUGCUUUAAAAUAAAUUGGCACAAAUCAGCAGGUGGAUAGGCACAUUCUGUGCCAAUUGUAGACUCCAGGUCAUCUUCAAGAGCAGCCUUAUGAAAAGUAAACUGUAAUAGUCAAUUAAGAGAUGACAAGGACAACAGCCACAGUUUAGAGUCUGUAAACUAUAUCUUUCAAAGAAAUCCCAAGACAACAAGAUCUUACUGAAUUGUUUCUGUCAACUAGUAAACUAUACCAUUGAUUUCCUCCCCAAAUCUUACAUACAGUACAUAUAUACAUAUUUGUUAUAUAUACAAACUAUCUUCGGCAAGGUAAAUGAAGCAUGCUUAACAACCAUUUGGUAACAUUUGUAGAAAUCAUGUUAACUGUAGUAUAUUCAGUUAUUAUUUUUUUAUUUACAGCUUACGUUGUACUUUUUUUUGAUAAAAUGUUUUAUACUGUAAGCAUACAUGUGUAAUAUAAAUAAGAAUAAAAUAUUCUUUUAUACAUAUGUACAAUGAUUUUCUUCAGCACACCUGUGCUCAGUAUAAAGUGCUCUGGAUCAGAGGUGAAAUCCAGCAGGUUCUGACAGGUUCUGGAGAACUGGUAGCAGAAAUUUUGAGCCGUUCAGAGAACCGGUAGCGGAAAUUUUAAGUAGUUUGGAGAACUGGAAAAUACCGCUUCUGUCUGGCCCCCGAGUGGGGUAGGAAUGGAGAUUUUGCAGUAUCCUUCCCCUGGAGUGGGGAAGGAAUGGAGAUUUUGCAAUAGCCUUCCCCUGGAGUGGGGUGGGAAUGGAGAUUUUGCAGUAUCCUUCCUCUGCCAUGCCCACCAAGCCACUCCCACCAAGCCACACCAAGCCACACCAAGCUCACCAAGCCAUGCCCACAGAACCGGUAGUAAAAAAAAUUGGAUUUCACCACUGCUCUGGAUGUUUUGUAAGGAAAAAGUAACUUAAACAUAUUUACAAGUUUAAAAUGAAGCAUUUCCAAAUGUUGGCUGGUGGUGCUAGGAGAAUCUCUUUUGUUGCCUCCACAGCAGAUGUGAAGUAUCUCCCCUGCCUUUGGACUAUGACAUCCUCUGAAUCAGAAAGGACCUAUCAUGUUUUGAAGCCCUUGAACUGCAGCAUAAGACAAAAGACUCAGCCCAUAUUCAGGAGCCUGCUGGACGAAGAACCCAAGAGACAUAUGCCAAGACCCGGUAGCCUAGAGGUGGUGUUCUUGCCUCACAAUCAGGAGGUUGUGAGUUCGGUCCUAGGUAGAGGCAGACGUAGGGUCUCCUGCUUGAGCAUGACCUGCAAGGUCCCUUCCAAGUCUAUUAAUCUGUUAAAUCUGACUCUUCAGCAGAAUCUCCAUAUUCCUUUCCUUUUGAAAGCAUGAGGCUGAAAAAUGAAGUGAGGGCUCAUCAACGGUUUAGACUCUUUAGGCACUGGAGCUAAUCAAAACAAAGUCCUCGUUGUCUAAUAUAAAUCUUCACUGCAUGGAAGAAAGCAUUAAAUUAUUCCUGUAACAGAAUAAAAGCUCAGUCAGCCCAAUUUAUUUGCUGCUCUCCAAGGUCCUGGGGGCUCGGUUUUGCCCUUUCUCUUUUGUCUGUAGAUUCUGCCCUAACCUUUCCUGCAGCUUUAAUUACUCCUUCAAGGGUCACAGAGUGAAUUUAUAUUUUAUAUUUAGAAAUCAGAUAGAAAGAUAAAACGGGUCCAGUGUAAAGCAUCUUACAUAUUCCUUAGCCAAUAAAGAUAGCAGGGAAGGUAGCCAGCUGGAUGACUUUGGACCAGUCACUAGCUCUCAGCCCAACCUACCUGACAGGGUUGGUGUUGAUGGGAAAUUAGGAGGAAGAAGGUGUUUUGGAUACAUUUGCCAUAUUCAAUUAUUUGUAAAAAUAAUAAAAGUGGGAUAUAAAUAAAAUGUUGUGGACUCCAUCAACUAAAGAAUUCUGCCUGGCAGGGCAGAAGCUUUCUGUACCACUUCAAUUAUCAUGUAGUAGUCCACAUGAUGGAAAAUAUUGAGAAUUGCUGAGUUAAUUUAUUAGCUUGUUAAAAUUAAUCCUGACCUAUAGGGCCUCAGACUUUGCUUUUUUCUGUGUCACAGUUCUUUUGGCAUUAAAGAUUGUUAUUGUAUAA